GUUUUAAUUGAAUAUGUAAAUGACGUUGAUUUUACAUAUGCCUGAAGUUUUUUUUAUGAACGGUUUCAUUAAAUUUGACAGGUCAUGUCGUGUUGUAUCACAGGUAUAAAACGCCGUACGACAUGUUCAGUUCUCAGUUGUGAGGUAGAGUCGUCUGGAGCUGGUCUUCAGUAAGAAACACGGAGAGAAACAACAUAAGACUUAGAAAUCGUAUCAGAGGAGUUUCAGUAGUGACCUUUCAUAUUUCACGAUGAAGCCUCUUUUCCUGUUGCUUCCUUUGUUGGCUUUUAUUGCGACUGUCUACUGUGCCAGUAUUGGUGUUCACGACGACCCUCCAGAGAGCGCCGAGUUAAACAGUUCGAAACCUAAUGAAGAAAACAAAAGCACUCACGACAAAGCGGAGGGUAGACCUGAAAGUGGGGAAGAAAAAGAUGACGAUGAACCCAAGAGUAGCGAAGAUGAAGGGGAUCAACCAGACAACAGUAAGGCUGACGACAAUGUCAAUGAAAGUACAGUUAAUGACGAAAACAGCAACAAGGCUGAUGUUGAUGUAAAUCACAGUACUGAUGCUGAUGAAAACAACAGCCUGACUGAUGGUGGUGACAACAAUAGCAAGACAGAUGAUGACGCUAAUACAGCUGAUGAAGAAACCAACAGCAAAAUUGAUGAUGAUAAUGUCAAUGACAGUGCAGGCGAUGAGGUAAACAACAGUAAGGAAGCUGAUGAUGAAGACAACAAUAAGGCAGCUGAUGAUGUCAAUGACAGUACAACUGAUGAUGAAGACAACAGUAAGGCAGCUGAUGAUGUCAAUGACAGUACAACUGAUGAUGAAGACAACAGUAAGGCAGCUGAUGAUGAAGACAACAGUAAGGCAGCUGAUGAUGAAGACAACAGCAAGGCAGCUGAUGAUGUCAAUUACAGUACAACUGAUGAUGAAGACAACAGUAAGGCAGCUGAUGAUGAAGACAACAGUAAGGCAGCUGAUGAAGACAACAGUAAGGCAGCUGAUGAUGUCAAUGACAGUACAGCUGAUGAUGUCAAUGAUAGUACAACUGAUGAUGAAGACAACAGUAAGGAAGCUGAUGAUGUCAAUGAUAGUACAGCUGAUGAUGUCAAUGACAGUACAACUGAUGAUGUCAAUGACAGUACAACUGAUGAUGAAGACAACAGUAAGGCAGCUGGUGAUGAAGACAACAGUAAGGAAGCUGAUGAAGACAACAGUAAGGAAGCUGAUGAUGUCAAUGACAGUACAGCUGAUGAUGUCAAUGAUAGUACAACUGAUGAUGAAGACAACAGUAAGGCAGCUGAUCAAGACAACAGCAAGGCAGCUGAUGAUGUCAAUGAUAGUACAACUGAUGAUGAAGACAACAGUAAGGAAGCUGAUGAUGUCAAUGAUAGUACAGCUGAUGAUGUCAAUGACAGUACAACUGAUGAUGUCAAUGACAGUACAACUGAUGAUGAAGACAACAGUAAGGCAGCUGGUGAUGAAGACAACAGUAAGGAAGCUGAUGAAGACAACAGUAAGGAAGCUGAUGAUGUCAAUGACAGUACAGCUGAUGAUGUCAAUGAUAGUACAACUGAUGAUGAAGACAACAGUAAGGCAGCUGAUCAAGACAACAGCAAGGCAGCUGAUGAUGUCAAUGAUAGUACAACUGAUGAUGAAGACAACAGCAAGGCAGCUGAUGAUGUCAAUGACAGUACAACUGAUGGUGAAGACAGCAGUAAGGCAGCUGAUCAAGACAACAGCAAGGCAGCUGAUGAUGUCAAUGAUAGUACAACUGAUGAUGAAGACAACAGUAAGGCAGCUGAUGAUGAAGACAACAGUAAGGCAGCUGAUGAAGACAGCAACAAGGCAGCUGAUGAAGACAACAGUAAGGCAGCUGGUGAAGACAACAGUAAGGCAGCUGAUGAUGAAGACAACAGCAAGGCAGCUAAUGAAGACAACAGCAACACAGCUGAUGAUGUCAAUGAUAGUACAACUGAUGAUGAAGACAACAGUAAGGCAGCUGAUGAUGAAGACAACAGUAAGGCAGCUGAUGAAGACAACAGCAACACAGCUGAUGAUGUCAAUGAUAGUACAACUGAUGAUGAAGACAACAGUAAGGCAGCUGAUGAUGAAGACAACAGCAAGGCAGCUGAUGAACACAACAGCAACACAGCUGAUGAUGUCAAUGAUAGUACAACUGAUGAUGAAGACAACAGUAAGGUAGCUGAUGAAGACAACAAUAAGGCAGCUGAUGAUGAAGACAACAGCAAGGCAGCUGAUGAAGACAACAGCAACACAGCUGAUGAUGUCAGUGAUAGUACAACUGAUGAUGAAGACAACAGUAAGGCAGCUGAUGAUGAAGACAACAGCAAGGCAGCUGAUGAAGACAACAGUAAGGCAGCUGAUGAGGACAACAGUAAGGUAGCUGAUGAAGACAACAGUAAGGCAGCUGAUGAUGUCAAUGACAUUACAACUGAUGAUGAAGACAACAGUAAGGCAGCUGAUGAAGACAACAGUAAGGCAGCUGAUGAUGUCAAUGACAGUACAACUGAUGAUGUCAAUGAUAGUACAACUGAUGAUGAAGACAACAGUAAGGAAGCUGAUGAUGAAGACAACAGUAAGGCAGCUGAUGAUGUCAAUGACAGUACAACUGAUGAUGAAGACAACAGUAAGGCAGCUGAUGAUGAAGACAACAGCAAGGCAGCUGAUGAAGACAACAGCAAGGCAGCUGAUGAAGACAACAGUAAGACAGCUGAUGAAGACAACAGUAAGGCAGCUGAUGAUGAAGACAACAGUAAGGCAGCUGAUGAUGUCAAUGACAGUACAACUGAUGAUGAAGACAACAGUAAGGCAACUGAUGAAGACAACAGCAAGGAAGCUGAUGAAGACAACAGCAACACAGCUGAUGAUGGCAAUGAUAGUACAACUGAUGAUGAAGACAACAGUAAGGCAGCUGAUGAUGAAGACAACAGCAAGGCAGCUGAUGAAGACAACAGCAAGGCAGCUGAAGACAACAGUAAGGCAGCUGAUGAAGACAACAGUAAGACAGCUGAUGAUGUCAAUGACAGUACAACUGAUGAUGAAGACAACAGUAAGGCAGCUGAUGAAGACAACAGUAGGACAGCUGAUGAAGACAACAGUAAGGCAGCUGAUGAAGACAACAGUAAGGCAGCUGAUGAUGUCAAUGACAGUACAGCUGAUGAUGUCAAUGAUAGCACAACUGAUGAUGAAGACAACAGCAAGGCAGCUGAUGAUGAAGACAACAGUAAGGCAGCUAAUGAUGUCAAUGAUAGUACAAAUGAUGACGAAGACAACAGCAAGGCAGCAAAUGAUGUCGAUGAUAGUACAACUGAUGAUGAAGACAACAGCAAGGCAGCUGAUGAUGAAGACAACAGUAAGGCAGCUGAUGAUGUCAAUGACAGUGCAGCUGAUGAUGUCAAUGAUAGUACAACUGAUGAUGAAGACAACAAUAAGGCAGCUGAUGAAGACAACAGUAAGGCAGCUGAUGAUAGCAAAGAAAAGGAUGACAUAAGCACUAUUGAGACAGAAGACAUAGAAACUGAUGAUACCAAAGAAACCGACAAUGGUGAAAGUGAUGAGGAAAAGAAAAGCAAUAGUGAUGGUAUUGAUGACAGUGUAAAGGAUGAUGCCCUGGCUAACAAAAGUGACCCUGCAGAUGAAAACGAUGACGCAUUUGAUGCAAUAAGUAUGGAAAAAGGGGACAUUGAUAAGACAGAUUAUUCGGACGAAAAGGAAGUUGAUAAAAAUGGCAGAGAUCAUAAAAGUGACGAAAACCUUGAUUACGCUGUGGAAGUUAAAAACGAUAAUUCGGUGCAGGUACUGGAGAGACCAGACUAUGACGAUUAUGAUUACUGAUUCGUCAUUCCCUGUUUAAAUUCCUGAAAAAUCCAACAAUCCAAAGUCCCAACCCUGUCUGUCGUGGAGAAAGAUUGAAAAGCCAUAAUACUGCGGGGAUGACUAGUUUUGUACAGAGUGUGUAGCUGCUGGCGGCGACACAGAUAUGCCACGUUUUUUGAAAGUCAAGACAAUCGAAGCAAAGACAAUGUAAUGCUCACUAUUCUUUUGUAUGUCGUCACGUUCUGUUGUGUUUUAACUUAUAACGCUGUGAUAUUUUCUAUUAGUAUUCCAUAUUUAUUACAGAGAUUAAACUCGUUUAAAAGUACA